GGAAUCCCACAUGGUUGGCUGUUGAUGUCCAAGAAGCAUGCCUACAGUAAAUAUUGAAUCACAGAAAAACGGCACCAUGAGUAAAGCGAAAGAAAAUAGUGCGAAGAAAAGAGUUGCUGAAGAGGACGAUGACCAGCUUCCCAUAUUUGACAAAGAUGUCACUGAGAAGAAGGCUGGGGAGGAGGAAGAUGCAGACCUCUCAGAUAGCGAGGAGAGUGUGUUCUCAGGACUGGAAGACUCUGGGAGUGACAGUCAAGAUGAAGAAGAGAAUGCUGAAGAAGGGGAUGAUGAAGAUGAUGAUGAUGAUGAUGAUGCUGUCAUUCUAGAUGAGAGUCUGAAGAAUAGUAGUGGUGUUGAAACAUCUGCUGCACCGCCUGCUACAGAUGAGAAUCAACCUACGCAGCCGGACGAAAAAACUGCAUCAAAGCAGAAGAGGAAGAUGAAGAAAGACGAAGGAGUCUCUAUGAAUGACAGAGGAGAGAAGGGACUGACCACCACCUUCCAGGGACUGACCACCACUUUCCAGGGACUGACCACCACCCAGCAGGGGGACGAGUAUGAACACGACACCUCCGACGAAGAGGACAUUCGUAACACGGUGGGCAACAUUCCCAUGGAGUGGUACCAGGACUACCCUCACAUCGGCUAUGACCUGGACGGGAAGAAGAUCUUUAAGCCAAUCAGGAACAAAGACGAGCUGGACGAGUUCCUGGACAAGAUGGAGAACCCAGACUACUGGCGUACGGUCCAUGACAAGACGACGGCCUCAGACAUCCGUCUGACAGACGAGCAGGUGGACCUGGUACACCGCCUCCAGAAGGGCCAGUUCGGCGACGUCAACUUCAACGAGUACGAGCCGUCAGUGGACUUCUUCACCAACGAGGUCAUGAUCCAUCCGGUGACCAACAGGCCGCAGGACAAACGCAGCUUCAUCCCCUCACUCAUAGAGAAGGAGAAGGUUUCAAAGCUGGUCCAUGCCAUAAAGAUGGGUUGGAUCAAGCCCCGUAAACCCAAAGAGACCACCCCUCAGUACUAUGACCUGUGGGCCAAGGAGGACCCCAACGCCAUCCUGGGGCGCCACAAGAUGCACGUCCCCGCCCCCAAGAUGAGGCUGCCUGGACACGAGGAGUCCUACAACCCCCCGCCUGAAUACCUGCUCACAGAGGAAGAGAGACUGGCUUGGGAGCAGCAGGAUGCAGAGGACAGGAAGCUCCCGUUCCUCCCCCAGAAACACUCCUGUCUGAGGGCCGUGCCCGCCUUCUCCCGCUUCAUCCACGAGCGCUUUGAACGCUGCCUCGACCUCUACCUGUGCCCCCGCCAGCGCAAGAUGAGGGUGAAUGUGAAUCCAGAAGAUCUGAUCCCCAAGCUGCCCAAACCCAAGGACCUGCAACCCUUCCCCACCACCAUGUCCCUGGUGUACCGUGGCCACACCAGUCUGGUGCGUUCCAUCAGUGCGUCUCCCACUGGCCAAUGGCUGGUCUCAGGCUCAGACGACUGUACGGUGCGCUUCUGGGAGGUCAACACGGGGCGAUGCAUGAAGACGCUGGAGGUGGGCGGAGCUGUGAAGAGCGUGGCGUGGAACCCCAACCCGGCCGUCUGCCUGGUGGCUGUGUGCUUUGAGAGUACAGUGCUGCUGUUGAACCCAGCUCUGGGAGACAGGCUGGUGGUGAGCUCCACAGACCAGCUGAUUACCUCCUACGAGCCGCCAGAGGAGGACAAGGAGCAGGCUGUUACGUGGGCUCUGUCUGAGGGCCCGGAGCACAACAAGGGCCACCGCCUCACCCUCACCCACCCAAAGGCAGUGAAGCAGGUAGUGUGGCACGGUAAGGGUGACUACUUGGCCAGCGUCAUGCCUGACAACAGCAGCAACCUGCAGGUGCUGAUCCACCAGGUGAGCAAGCGGCGGACGCAGAACCCCUUCCGCAAGAGCAAGGGCCUGGUGCAGUGCGUCUCCUUCCACCCCCUGCGGCCCUACUUCUUCGUGGCCACGCAGCGCUACGUGCGCGUCUACAACCUCAUCAAGCAAGAGCUGACCAAGAAGCUGAUGACCAACUGCAAGUGGAUCUCCAGCAUGGCCAUUCACCCUGGAGGUGAUAACCUGAUCUGUGGCAGCUAUGACUGCAGACUGGCCUGGUUUGAUCUGGACCUCUCCACCAAACCCUACAAGAUGCUGCGGCACCACAAGAAGGCUUUGAGGGGCGUGGCCUAUCACAAACACUACCCCCUAUUCGCCUCUGGUGCUGAUGACGGCAGUGUGAUCGUCUGUCACGGCAUGGUCUACAAUGACCUGCUCCAGAACCCUCUCAUUGUUCCAGUUAAGGUACUGAAGGGUCACCAGAUAACCCACGACCUGGGGGUCCUAGACGUGACCUUCCACCCCACCCAGCCCUGGGUGUUUUCCUCAGGGGCUGACGCCACCAUCCGCCUCUUCACCUAACCAUCUCUACUGUCACCUUGGUUACGUCAAAUUACACCAUAUUCCCUACAUAGUGCACUUCUGUAACCACAGUAGUUUGACAAAAGCGGUGCACUACAUAGGGAAUAAGGAUACCUCGGUUACAUCUCAAAUGGCACCCUAUUCCCUACAUAGUGCACUACUUUUGAACAGGGCCCCUAUGUGGGUAGAGCACUAUGUAGGGAACAGGGUGUCAUUUGAGCCAGAGACCAUAUUGAAGUACCUGACCACAGCUUGUUUUAACCUGCAGCCUCACCUGAAAAACAAAUGAUGACCAACAGAGGCUGAUUUUGAGAUAUGUGUGUAUUUAAGAUGCUUCCCAGACUCCUCCUCUGUCCUCUGACAGCUAUCUCAGAGGGAAGAAUCAAAUCAAGUGCCUGAUAUCCUCAUGUUUAGUAGCCAUGUGAGUAUUUGUCCAAGCUAAGAGAACACCAAACACCAACCACACAGCCAUAAUCUCUCUCUCUCCUCAGUGAAACUGAGACAGUAAAAACAUGUCGAAUCUGGACUGGGCAGGAAAGCCCAUUUCCGUCUCUGUAGCUGUUCUGUGCAGCUGCCUCGUACCAGCGCAUAAGAGUCGAACCACUAAUGCUUGGACAUUUCAGACAGCCCACGUGACAAAAUAUACUGUAUGUCCAGAGAUGGAGCUUGCCAAUAGAAACAACUGUGAAGAACAAAGCUGUUGUGGGCCCCCAGAAGGCCCCUGUCCUAUAAGUGUAUGUGUAAAUCUCUCUCCGAGUCGCUCUUUGAGUGUACGCAAUGGAUGUCCAGUUGAGAUUCUGCAGGACUACGGUCAAUGACAUUAUACACUAGGGUAGUGAUGUUUGAGCCCUUUUUAAACUCGCUUGAAUUGUAAAACCUUCUCUGACUGCUUUUCACGACAACUUUGUCUGUCUGCUACAAGUAUUUCUUUUAAAUUAAAACUGGUGUUCCCUGA